AUGGGAAAUGUUAACAUAGCAAAGCUGCUGAUCCAGAGCCAGGCCGCGAUUAAUGCAAAGAAUCUGGAAGGCUUCACUCCAUUGCACGUGUCUAUACAGAACAGACAAGCCGCAGUAAGUCAGUUUUUAAUAAAUAGUGGAGCAGAUGUGAAUGUGACAGAUGAAGAGGGAUGGACCCCUUUGCAUAAUGCAGCGCACAGUGGAUACCCAGCGGAAACCGCUAGACUUUUGAUUGCGAAAGGUGCUAGCGUGAAUGCGCGGGAAAAGAUUGGACGAACACCCCUGCACCUUGCUGCAGCGAUUGAUUUCACCGAUGUAGUGAACAUUCUGGUCACAAACAAAGCUGAUGUUAAUGCGACUGACGACAGGAUGUGGACGCCAUUGCAUAGCGCAGCUUACGACGGGCAUUUGGAUACUACAAAAAUUCUAAUAACUGUCAGCGAUGCUAAAAUUGAUGCGAGGACUGAAAAGCAGACUACACCACUGCAUUUUGCAGCAGACUACUGGCAUGUCGAAGUAGUUAAAUACCUUUUGGCAAAAGGAGCCGAAGUUAAUGCUCGCGAUCACACAGACUGGACGGCACUUCACUUUGCAGCAGAUGAGGGUUCCAUCCUAGUACCUCUAGGGGCUUCGGGACACUCGGGUGCAGAAGCGCAGCACUCAAAAAUGAGUACUGUGCGAGCUCUCAUCGAAAACGGAGCUGAUAUAAAUGCAAAGGGAAGCAACGAUGAAACAGCUCUGCACGUAGCCGUUAAGUAUGGCGAUUUAGCAACCCCUAGAUACCUGUUGGAGAACGGUGGCGGCCACGAAGAAAUCUCCCAGCAGCUACGCCAGGUGUCGCAGCAGGUGCGUCACAGCCCCGUCAAGUUCAGCGCGUGUUCCCUGUUCAGCGUGGACGGCACGCUGCUGACGGGAUACGUGGCCGCAGUCGUCACAUACGCCAUCAUACUCACACAGUUCAACACAGGAAGCUGUUAA